CGUAUGUGGUUUACGUUUACAAGCAUUUUUCAGCAUUCUUGCAAAUUUUUUCGCGUUGCAGUGAAUUCAAGGUAUAUUUCUAUGGAAAUUAAGUGAACAUUUUAUUAAAAAUCGAUCCCACACGAAAUGGAGGAGUUGCGGCGUCUCGAAUACUUAUCAUUGGUGUCAAAAAUUUGCACCGAAUUAGAAAAUCACUUGGGUCUGAACGACAAAGACCUAGCGGAAUUCAUAAUCGAUUUGGAAGAUAAAAAUCCAACAUUUGAUGGAUUUCGUAAGGCCUUGCAUGAUAAUGGAGCUGAAUUUCCAGAUUCCUUCGUUACCAAUCUACAGCGUAUUAUUAAUUUGAUGAAACCUGGCCGAGGAGAUGAGGCAUUAGAAGGCGUUAGUAGUGUAAAAAAUGCCAAGGCGGAUCAGUUGACACGAAUGUUCCCAGGUUUAGCUUUGCCAAAUGAUAAAUUUAGCAAAAGUUAUAGCAGCGGUGGUGAAAGUGCCAGUGAGACUUCUUCAAGUGAUUCUGAAAGUGAGCAGGAAAACGAGCUUCGAAAAGAAACCAAGUCAAAGAAACGUGAUGAAAUUGAUAACGUUAUGGAUGAGCUGGAAGCCCUUGCACCUAGCAAGCGCAAAAAGUCUAAAAGUGUGGACGACACAAUGGCAGAGUUGGCAGCAUUGGCGCCAGAUCAGCGAAAGAAAGGAGACAAAUCAGAGGAUGAGGAUGUCGAUGACGUCAUGGCCGAAUUGGAAGCGUUGGCACCCAGCAAACAAAUAAAAAAGGAUGAAAAACCUAAAAAGAGCGACAUUGAUUACACUAUGGAAAAAUUAGAAGCUCUUGCGCCAACUGCUCAAAAGAAGUACGAAGAUGUAAAGAUUAAAUCAGAAAAAAAGAAAAAGCUUGACCGACAUUCACGUUCACGCUCAAGGGAGCGCAGCUCGCGCCAUGAACGUAGUAGCAGACGCGAAAGAAGCCGUGACAGACGUCGUUCCCGUUCAGAUUCACCGGCAGAGAGACGACGAAAUGACAGGCGGCGGCGUUCGCGUACCAAAUCAAAAGAUCGUGAUCGAGGGCACGAGCGUGACAGAGAACGCGAUCGCAAUGGACGUAGGCUUCGUUCGAGAUCGCGCUCACGUUCUCAUUGUCAUAGCACUAAUAGCACCAGUAGACGCCGUUCACGUUCACGGUCGCGCGAUCACCACCGGCGUUCGCGGUCGCGUGAGCGAAGCAAUCGUAGCGGUCGGAGAAGAUCGCGUUCCCGUGAUCGCCACGAACGGAGUGGCCGCAAGCGCUCACGUUCAAAUUCCACAGAGCGCCAUGGUCGCAAUGAGAAAAUGCCACCACCAGCUCAGCUACCAGAUGACCCGGAGCCGGGAAAAAUCUACUCGGGUAAAGUGGCAAAUAUUGUGCCUUUUGGCUGUUUCGUGCAGCUUUUUGGGUUGCGCAAGCGUUGGGAAGGACUGGUGCAUAUUUCGCAGUUGCGCUCUGAAGGGCGUGUCACCGACGUAACAGAAGUGGUGCAACGUAAUGCGAAUGUAAAGGUGAAAGUGAUGUCUAUUGCGGGACAGAAAGUGUCACUUUCAAUGAAGGAGGUUGAUCAGGCCACUGGGCGCGACCUGAAUCCGCUAUCGCAUGUAGCGCCGGAUGACGAUCUGCGGGAUCGCAAUCCCGAUCGGCCGUAUAGUGGUACUUCGUUGCUAAAUUUGCAGGGCGGCAGCAUGGACAACGAUGAGAGUGACUCUCGUAAGCGUGUCACGCGCAUAUCCAGCCCCGAGCGUUGGGAAAUAAAGCAAAUGAUCAGCUCCGGAGUCAUCGAUCGCAGCGAAAUGCCUGAUUUUGAUGAAGAAACGGGCCUGAUACAAAAAGACGAAGACGACGAAGCCGAUAUUGAAAUAGAAAUAGUGGAAGAAGAACCGCCAUUCCUUUCUGGGCAUGGCCGCGCACUGCACGACCUGUCCCCCGUGCGCAUUGUUAAGAAUCCAGAUGGUUCGCUGGCGCAAGCUGCCAUGAUGCAGUCAGCUUUAUCGAAGGAGAGACGAGAACAGAAAAUGCUACAGCGCGAACAAGAUGCGGUCGCGCCAACCAACAUGAGCCGCAAUUGGAUCGAUCCCCUGCCCGACGAGGAUGACUCGCGUGCUAUGACGAGUACACGCGGCAUCGGCUCUGGUGCAACGAUUGAAGUACCCGAGUGGAAAAAACAUGUCAUCGGCGGCAAGAAGUCAUCGUUUGGCAAAAAGACCGACAUGUCGCUGUUGGAGCAACGUCAAUCGCUACCCAUUUACAAGCUACGCGACGAUCUCAUUAAAGCCGUCUCAGACAAUCAAAUUUUAAUUGUUAUCGGUGAGACGGGCUCCGGCAAGACGACACAAAUCACCCAGUAUUUGGCUGAAAGUGGUUUUACUGCACGAGGCAAGAUCGGUUGUACGCAACCACGUCGUGUAGCUGCCAUGUCGGUAGCUAAGCGUGUGGCAGAAGAGUUCGGUUGUCGACUGGGCCAAGAAGUGGGCUACACCAUUCGUUUUGAGGACUGCACCAGUCCCGAGACAGUUAUCAAAUACAUGACAGAUGGUAUGUUGCUACGCGAGUGUUUGAUGGAGUCUGAUUUAAAGUCUUAUUCCGUUAUUAUGUUGGACGAGGCGCAUGAACGUACUAUACACACAGAUGUACUCUUUGGUCUUUUAAAGGGCGCCGUACAAAAGCGACCAGAGUUGAAGUUGAUCGUCACUUCAGCCACACUAGAUGCGGUAAAAUUCUCGCAGUACUUUUUUGAAGCGCCAAUUUUCACCAUACCAGGUCGUACCUUCCCGGUCGAAGUGUUGUACACCAAAGAGCCAGAGACAGACUAUUUAGAUGCUUCGCUAAUUACUGUUAUGCAAAUACAUUUGCGUGAACCGCCAGGUGACAUACUACUUUUCCUCACGGGUCAGGAAGAGAUUGACACCGCCUGCGAGAUACUCUACGAGCGCAUGAAAAGCUUAGGUCCUGAUGUACCUGAACUGAUUAUACUGCCGGUGUAUUCGGCGCUGCCAUCCGAAAUGCAGACUCGCAUCUUCGAUCCAGCGCCAGCGGGUAGCCGUAAAGUUGUUAUAGCCACCAAUAUUGCAGAGACUUCGCUAACAAUCGAUGGCAUAUUUUAUGUCGUUGAUCCGGGUUUCGUCAAGCAGAAAGUUUACAAUUCAAAAACGGGCAUGGAUUCACUGGUGGUAACACCAAUUUCGCAAGCCGCGGCCAAGCAGCGUGCCGGACGUGCUGGCCGCACCGGGCCUGGCAAAUGCUAUCGGUUAUAUACGGAGCGUGCGUAUCGUGACGAGAUGCUACCCACGCCAGUGCCAGAGAUACAGCGUACGAACUUGGCAAUGACAGUGUUGCAGUUAAAGACAAUGGGUAUAAAUGACCUGCUGCACUUCGAUUUCAUGGACGCGCCACCUGUUGAAUCCUUGGUAAUGGCUUUGGAAAACUUGCACUCGUUAUCCGCGUUGGAUGACGAAGGCUUAUUAACACGCUUGGGACGGCGUAUGGCCGAAUUUCCGCUGGAACCAAAUCUCUCGAAAAUGUUGAUUAUGUCUGUGGCUUUACAAUGCUCUGAUGAAGUGCUCACAAUUGUAUCCAUGUUGAGCGUACAGAACGUCUUUUAUCGGCCAAAGGAUAAACAAGCUUUGGCGGACCAGAAGAAAGCUAAAUUUAAUCAGCCCGAAGGUGACCAUCUAACGCUACUUGCCGUCUACAACAGUUGGAAGAACAAUAAAUUUUCGAAUGCCUGGUGUUAUGAGAACUUCGUACAAAUUCGCACUCUUAAGCGUUCACAGGAUGUUCGCAAGCAGUUGCUGGGCAUUAUGGAUCGGCAUAAAUUGGAUGUUGUCUCGGCUGGAAAAAAUUCUGUACGCAUACAAAAAGCCAUCUGCUCAGGUUUCUUCCGAAAUGCCGCUAAAAAGGAUCCGCAAGAAGGUUAUCGUACACUCGUAGACUCACAAGUGGUCUAUAUACAUCCAUCCAGUGCGCUUUUCAAUCGUCAACCCGAGUGGGUGGUUUAUCAUGAACUUGUACAGACUACCAAGGAGUAUAUGCGUGAAGUGACCACCAUAGAUCCGAAAUGGUUGGUUGAAUUCGCACCAUCAUUCUUCCGCUUCUCGGAUCCAACGAAAUUGAGUAAAUUCAAGAAGAAUCAACGACUCGAACCACUGUACAAUAAAUAUGAAGAGCCCAAUGCUUGGCGUAUAUCGCGUGUACGACGCAGACGGAACUAAAUUUCGUGUAAGACUUCUUUUUAGCAUUUAAUGUAAUUCAUGUAUUUAAAUUUUAAGUUAGUAUGUAAACAACAUAUUUUAU